UAUGUUUAUUAAUAGUAUAUUUCAUUAUUUUUUAACAGAAGAACAAAUUCUAAUACAUGAGAGUAGAAACACCAAAUAUAAUCAGUUGAAUGUCGAUCAGAAGAGAACUUACAUUCAGAAGGUCAUUGAUAAUAAUAGAAAGAGGAAAAGGAAUGAUUUUGCUGGCAGUAGUACAAAUAGCAAGCGAAAACGUAAGAUUGGUUUGUUUUGUAGAGUGCAACAACGGGAAUAUGAGCAUGGAGGUCAAAUUAACCAUGAACCAGUAUGUUCUUUAUUACAUAAACUACGCACUCCAAAGUCUUGUUCAUUUUGUGGAGCAAAAAAGUUUGAACACGAGCCACCAACAUCCUGUUGCCACAAUGGUGAAAUCCACCUAGCAGAUGUGAAUGUUAAUAUCGAGUUAUAUGCCCUUUAUACAGUACAAACCCAAGAGGCAAUUGAGUUUCGAAGAUAAAACAGAAAGUAUAAUAGCAUUUUCUCAUUCACAUCAUUUGGGGCAAGGUUUGAUAGAGAGCUUGCAUCAAACAAAAAGGGUAUUUUCACAUUUAGAGCACAAGGACAAAUAUAUCAUAAUCUACCCUCUCUAAUUCCAGAAGAAAAUAAGCCCUCCUACUUUCAACUUUACUUCUACGAUACGGAGAAUGAGUUGCAAAAUCGAAUGGGAAUAUUAGAUAAUGCAAACAUGAGUACGACUACAACUAAAAGAUUGAUGGAUAUAUUAGA